AUGAGUUCCUAUUUCGUUAACUCAACUUUUCCUGUGUCUCUGCCGGGAGGACAGGACUCUCUCCUGGGUCAGAUACCGCUAUAUUCCUCGGGAUACACCGAUCCGUUAAGACACUACUCCAACGCCGCCACAUAUGGAGCGGCCAACAUGCAGGAGAAGGUUUACCCGGCGUCCUACUACCAGCAGACGGGCGCAGCGGCCGCAGCCAUCUACGGCCGCGCCAGCAGCGCAGCGCCCUGUGACUACAACCCGGUCGGGACUUUCUACAAGGACGCGGAGGGCUCGUGCGCUUUCACGAGCCGCGAGGACCAGCCGCUGUUUGUCAGUCAGGAGCAUCAGCAACGCAAAGCUGAGUGCUCGGAGCAAACUGUCAGCAUGAGCAGCAGCAUCGACGACAAGUCUUCCACCCUGAUCUACCCGUGGAUGCAGAGGAUGAACGCCUGCUCCGCCGGCCCAUUUGGGAGCAGUGGCCGCAGGGGCCGCCAGACCUACACCCGCUACCAGACCCUUGAACUGGAGAAGGAGUUCCACUUUAACCGCUACCUGACCAGGAGGCGCCGGAUAGAGAUCUCCCACGCCCUGUGCCUGACGGAGAGACAGAUCAAAAUCUGGUUUCAGAACCGCAGGAUGAAGUGGAAAAAGGAGAACAAACUCCUAAAUCCUUCAAAAACACCCGAAGAAGAGGAGCAGGCGGAGAAAAAGAGCUAAAGGGACAUUUGAAACAUGAAAAAAAAAGGCAUGAGUGCGCGCGUGUGUUAAUUUGCACACUACCCAACCUCCCCUAAAUAAAAAUGAUGUAUAAUUUCUUUGUAGAUAUGAAGUGCUGCAAAAAUCCAAUGUUAGAGACGUGUAGAGUGACUUUAUUCAGUAUCUGCACGGUAACACUGUCCGCAUUAAUCAUGUCCUUCACUGUUUGUCCUCGUGCUUGUCUGUUUAUUCAAAGGACUAUGCAAAAAUGAAAAAAAAAGAAAAAAAGGAAAGAAAGAAAAAAAAAUUGCCAAAUGUAAAUAAAUUUCUGUGUUAUAGUUUUUGACAAUGUUGUUACCUCAUUACUGUAGCCCUGUUUUUUAUUAUCAUUAUUUUAAUUUAAUGCUCAUGAAGUUUAAGGAGAUUUUUGUCUUUCAUUGUGUAGUUGCUCUGUGAG